CCAGACUUGUCUAAGGGCACAAGCAAAGACCCGUUUCCCAAGAAAACCCAACCCCAGCCACGCAUAGGAAGAAAUAACGACACCCUCAAAAGUUUUUCGAAAAAAAAAAGAUCGUCUUGUUGAACGAGAAGUCAAAUCAUCCUACCUACCUUACCUAACCGACUUACCCUUAGUAUCACAUGCGGAGCACCGAUCGAGCGUUAUUGCCUGCGAGCUGCGGGCCUGCGAUCUCGUCGGGUGUCUUUUGCCUCCUUUCCUCUUCCUCUGCUUCCUUUCUCUCCUAUCGAUCCCUCUCGUUCUCGGGCGUGUGCCCCAUUUCCGGACCCUCGGACUUAAUACACGCAGCGCCGAGGACGAGAGAGGGAGGAUGUCCGACUCCGAAUUGGGAACCCUUCUAUUCUGACGUGUAUUUAUCUGUUUUGGACGGGGUACAGUUGACUGGCUUGAUGGACGAUGAAUGCAGGCCCUGGCGUGGUGUUGGCGAGCCCGGGCUUUUUUUUUUUUCAUUCCCCAGGCUCGGAUCGGGGCCCUUCGUUAGGGGCCCCGGUGGUGUAUGCUUCUUCAUUCGUGCUUCGAUCGCGUACUACUGGCGUUGGCAUGCAGGGGAACAUCUGGACGAGUUUCCUUUUCUUUUCCUUUCAUUUGUGUCUGGUUGGAUUGUCCUUCUGCAUUAUCUUCUAUCUUCCUUUUUUUUUAUUAUUAUUCUUAUUGUCUUGGAUGUUUGCUGUUCGGAUACAUUUCUUGCGGCAUGUGCCGGAUUGGAUGAACGAGAAUCUGUGUAUGUAUGUACUUUAUAGAGGAACGAGAUGAUCGAUUGAUUGGUAUGCACGCGACCAUGAGAGGGUGCAUGUCCUUCCGAGACAGUUGUUUCUAAGUAGUUUCGAAGUAGUCGGUCAAGGAAAUAAUGGGUUCGUGGGGCGAGACCUCCAGAACAGCCAAAACCGG